AAAAUGAAAGAAAUUAAUGAGAAAUAGUGUUUAGUUCAUAACGUGAGGAUAAUAAACAAUGAGAAAUUGAUAUAAAUUGUUUCAAAUAUGGAAUCUCAUAAGAAAAUGAGUUAGCAAAUGGGAAUAGAAAAUGUGAAAAAUAUUCUUGCAAGCUUGCUGCCUAGUGUUGCCAUAUUUCAGUUUAAUGCAAAUGAAGUAACAGGUGAUUUUCACUCCUCCAUAUCCUCAUUCACAACAAUUCAACAUUCUCCAUUAUUUUCUAUUCUAAACAAACGAAUGACAUGAAUAAUGUCAUCUCGAUGAGAGAAUAAAAAGCAACAACACUAACAUCAAAAAGUUCAUAGCGAAAGCGAAAACAAGCGCUUCUUGACUUUCAUUCCUUUUUCAAAUCAAAUAAUUUUUUGCCUUCGAAACCAAACAUAUUUGUUCACGUUGUACUGCUGUCGCUCUUCUGGAAGCGGUGAAAUAAGUAAAAAAGGUGGCUAAGCAAGCUAAAAACGAACAAGGACCAUAAAAAUUGUAUCCAACCACAACAUCUGGUGUUGUAGUAUUGUGUUGGUGGCCUUAAUCCAUAAGACAGAAUUGGUCCAGGGUGGUGUGUUUUAAUGACAGCUAUAUAAUAUCCUAUUGGUCCAGCUAAAACAACUAUUUCGUGGAACAUUUAACAGAAAACUUCAAAACAAGUAUACAUUACAGGAAUAACUUGAUUGUUAACAAUAAUUUUUGUAUUUGUUUUUCCACCUAUCAAGUGCAUUACAACAAGAACAACAACCCAAAGAAUUCCAACAAAUACACAUUAACUGCAGUGCAAAGAACAAGUGAAUUUUAUAUUUAUAUUUCCUUGCUGAACGAAUCGCGAUUUUUAUCGGCAAUAACAAGAACAAAGUCGAAAAAUCAUCAGAACAUAUCCUCUGUUGAUAUCCAACGAGAGCAAGAAAAAGUUCUCAACUAUUUUGUAUAUAAAACAAGUACAUAAAAUACAUAAACAUUAUUGUUUGUGUAAUAUUGCCGUUGCUGGUCCAUUAUUGACUCGAAACAGCUGAACUACAUCUACUUUUUUUGUACUUACAACACCAUUACCAUCAAAUUUAAACGCGACAACAUUAGCUGCUCUUCCAGCAGAACAUCAGCGGUCGUUAUUUGUAGUAGCAACAACAACAGUACAUACAUAACCAACCACAUCAUUAUCUACAACAUUGCUCAGCAGUAGCAGCUUAACUAAAUAUCGUCAUCAUGUCAAACUGGGAGGAAUUCUACAAUACACAUCUGCCUCCAGCAGAUUUUGAGGAUAAUCGUUCACUGCUAAAGGAAUUUUGUGAACGACACAAUCGACUGCAAAACCGAAUCGUCCUUGUAACAUCAGGUGGCACAACCGUCCCAUUGGAGCACAACACGGUACGUUUUGUGGAUAACUUUAGUGCCGGUACACGUGGCUCCUCAUCAGCAGAAUAUUUCCUAGAUCAUAAUUAUGCCGUUAUAUUUAUGCAUCGUCUCAAGUCGUUGGAACCAUUUACCCGCCAUUUUACCGGACAGCAGUUUUUCGAUAUGCUCGAUAUUACGGAUAAUGGCCAGAGCACUUCGAUAACGGUUAAUCCCGAUUCGGUGGAUGUGUUCGCACCAAUCUUGGCGAAAUAUAAACAGGCUCGUGAAUCGCAAAUGAUUCUGUAUGUGAGCUUUACCAGUGUCGUCGACUAUAUGUGGCUUCUGAGGGCCGCCUGUGAAUGUUUGGCCGCAUUUGAAGAUCGGGCCGUGUUGUAUUUGGCAGCGGCUGUAUCGGAUUUUUACAUACCGCAGGAUAUGAUGCCCACUCACAAAAUGCAAUCGGGUGAAGGUGCUCCCACAAUUUCGUUGCAGUUGGUGCCAAAAAUGUUAGCCCCAUUGGUCAGCCUAUGGGUGCCGCAGGCAUUUGUGGUCUCCUUCAAAUUGGAAACGGAUGAAAAUCUAUUGAUUACCAAAGCCCGAGAUAGUUUGAGCAAAUACAAGCACAAGUUGGUUAUUGCAAACAUUUUGCAAACACGUAAACACCGCGUGGUCUUUGUAACGCCAACCAGCUCCUAUGAAGUACACCUGAGUAGAGAACAAGCACUGCAAGGCCUUGAAAUUGAGGAACCAAUUGUUGCUGAUGUAGUACAAAAACACAGUGAGUUCAUAAAUUCCGGUAUGUCUCGACAAUGACCAAUGUCAAUGCGACAGCGACAACAACAACAACGGCAUCACAUGCAAGUUGAUUGUCGCGUGACAACGCCGCAUUUUUGUCGAUUGCUGAAUCCUGGACCUGGUAUUGGACGACGGUAUUAAAAUUCAUUAAAAUUAAAAAAAGAACAAACACUAACGAACAGAAAACACCAAAAACAGCUGGAAAAGCAACAACAAAUAACCCACAUAACUCAAACAACAAAAACAAUUUGAAAUAUACUCUAUGCAAAUUAGAACAACAACACUCCCUGAAAAAAAACGGCGCAACUCUAUAACCCCAACAGCAACGCCCAUGAAAUUAACAUAUAUUCAGGUAAACAAAUUAUCUUUAUUGGAAUUAUACCCCCCACACUCUGGCUCCCAAAUGAUUUAAACAUCACCAUCGCCCCAUCACCCACCCGCUGCUCAGAAGUCAUCACACCACCUAUCUAUUGGGCAAUUUCGGCAUUUUCGCCCAAUAUGGGGACUCUACAUUGCGUGUGUGCACGGUAGUAGGUAGGGGAGUAAAAUUCCUAAUUUGUAUUUUCCCUAGUGAUAAAUGGGUAGUUAUCUUAUUUUAUUCUAAAUUAAGUUUUUUGUUUAGUUUCUCAACUUUCAUUUUCUUCACUCGUCCUCUUUUUUUAUAUAAAUAUCUUAAAAACAUAAUUAUAGUUUUUAUUAAGUUUAUAAAUAUUUUGGUAUGUCUAGCGACAUUUAUUAUUAAUUGUCUUGGGGAUUUCGGUUGUUACAUUUAGUAAUUAAGUUCUAUUACUAUUAUUGUUUGUAGGGGGCUUAUGAAUAAUUUAAUUUGAAAUAUUUGACGGUAAAGGUCAUGCAAUGAUGGCUUCAGGUCAUUUAAUUUUAGCUACCUAUCAAUCAUCAUUUUUUUAUCAUAUCUAAUGUUAUUGUCAAAUUGUUAGCAGGUUGUUUAGGGGUCAAAUGCAGGGAAAGGUAAUUUUUGUUUUUAAGAAUUUUGGCAUAAGUUAAUUAACAUAUAAAUGUUGGUAUGUCCCACGUUGGACGCCAUUUUGUUUAAUGGAAAUAUUGUUAUUAUGAGGAAUGUUAAUAGUCAUUAUGUCCUUGUUCAGCUCACACCAUGGGAUGUACAUUUUCCCCCUUUUUCAUCAUAUGUAUCAGUGAGAUCAAAGAUGGUACUCAAAUUAAAAAAGAAAAUACAAAGAUUGCGGCACUUCAGGGAUAAAAAGAUUGGGCGCCGUUUUAAUGUGGAUCUUAAAUCGAACUUUUUUAAACUUGCUUUGUGAGGCCAUACUCAAUUUAUUUCUGAUUUAAAAUCGCAACCCCUUUAAACUCAUUCUACCAUAUUUCCACCUUUUAAGUUCUGAUAGUCUAAAUCGCUUCACCUUUUUUGUUUAUUUCGUCUUAAUGGAGCAAGAACAAAAAUAAAAAAAAUUCAAAAACAAUAAAUUUGCCACACAAAAAUAUCAGACCAAGUUCGUGACCUGCUUUAAGUGUUGAACGCGAACCACCACACCAUUAAAAGCUAACACACAAAUUCAAAAUACAACAACACAUUACAGCAAUAAAGUCUUCUGUGUACUAUGAAAAACGUUGUAGGCUUCAAAACCCUAACCUACUAACGGCAAGGACAAAUCCAUAAAAAACUUAACAACAAAACCAACACCUCAUUUAAAUGCCAGUGAAUGUGAAUAUCCUUUUGUAUGGGGUUCGUUUUAUAAUGUUAACUGUGGUAAUAUAUGCAUCUGGUAAAUGUGUCAGUAAAAAUAUGUGUAAUAGAUGGAUGGUUUAUGGGAAACUUCCAUAUCCAGUUGAUGGUAAAAAAAUAUAUAUAUUUUAUAAUAUAAAUAAUUGAAUUAUUGAUUUUGUUGGAACAGAAUGUCAACAUCUGAUCUUGAACUCUCGAAGAGAUCGAAAUUAAGGAAGCACAAACUACGUGGAAUGUCGUUUAUGUUGGGCGCUAGUUUGAUUAUAUUUCCGAAUUCCGAGAUGUGCAAUUUUCUUGAAAAGUUUUACGCCAGAGAACGCCUAAUGGAAUAACGCUUACUUUGGGGCCAGUUUUAAAUUUCUUUCCAUAUGUAUUUAUAUCAUUGAAAAUAUAAAACAAAAAAUCCAACUGUUUCGCUCUACAAAUUUAAUGGCAUUAAAACUCUUGGCCAAUUAAUUUUCCUUGCCAUGCUAAAAUCCUUGAUAAAAAUGUCAUUCCUAUUUGUGUCACGCGACGAAUCAAGCAAAUAACCCAGCCACCCAGUCAGUAAGCAAUAACCCUUUUAUAUUCUCGUUCUCUCUCGGCAAUGAAUGACCAAUUCAUUCACACCUUAACAUUCUAAUAAAAUGUUGAGAAAUUUUAACAACUUUGGAACAUGCAAAAUGACAACAAAUUUAAACGUUACAUUGAUUGCAAUUUUUUCAGAUAAAGCAGACAGUAAAAGAUUAAGGCAGGGAAUUUAAUAAAAGGUAGGAUGAUUUAAGAAAAGUGAAUUCCCGAGGGUGAAUUUCAUUAUUUCCUAAAUUGGUUUUACCGGAAAAUCUAACCCACAUGUUUUUUUUUUCUUAAAAGUUAUCUGUAUAUAGAUCUUUUGACCUAAUUUUUCGUUAGAAGAAUUGUCAAAGAUCUUAUAUCAAAAAAUGGGAGCAUUAUGUUUGAACGUAAACUUAUCCGCCGAUAAUCAGCAGCUGAACAAUUAUUUAUUCAAAAGCUGUUUUGGACUUAAGGUGUUUAUUUCCAUCUUA